UCUCUGUCUGCUCCUUUUCCUGCGCGGAUGGGCGACGAGGAGCGAGGUCCUAGCAGCAGCAGCAGCAGCAGGAUGGGCCCUUCUCGCACCGCUGGCCGCCCCUGCCCGCGCCUCCUUACCUGGCUGCCUCUCCUGGCGCGCGCGGCUCCCUCUCCAGCCAGUCCCGUGCAAACUCCGCCGCCGAGUGCGAACUACAUGGCGCAGGCAGCAACUUUCCCUCCCACUCCCUGGCCGUGCCUCUGGCCCAGCCUCCGCUGCCAGGAGAAACCAAUGGCAGGCGCGGCCGCGGGGGAAGCCGCGCGCCACGCCCUCGGCCGACGCCGGAUCCUGCUCGCCGCCGCUGGGCGCGCGGAGGCUGCUGGAGCCGCUGCUGGGCUAGUGGCGAGCGGCGUCUCGGGAGCAGCGUUCCGCCCGGAAGCCUCAGUCCGUUUGGUGGAAACGCCUUCGCGGUUAGAGAAAGGCACUUGGCUUGCUUUUGUUCGCGCCACAGAUCCCAGGAUUGAGCCGUACCUGGCACUGAGCAAGGGCGCACGCGACUUUGUGGUUUGUGUGCAAUCUGGGGGUGUUAUACACUUCACCCUGUCACCAUCUGUUCUGAAGUCUUCAGUCUCUCUGGAUCCAGCACUCCCAGCCUCCUCACCAGGGAAUCCCUACUGUUGCAAUCCCUUGCAUUUUAAUGUUUCUCCAGUGGUAAAGGAGCACCUGAGCUUCAAAAGACAGCAAAGGAUCCAGGAGUACCCCCAAGCUAUGGACCUUCAGAGGGAGUGUAACCACAUCAAGAGCAGGAAGUCUCCCAUCCAUCCAUUCUAGGGAAUCGCCCACUAACUGUGCCUCUGUCUUACCUGGAUUGAGCUUCAGUUUGUUGGCUUUUUGUUUCAGGGGUUUGCAGCUAGUACCUCCCAACCCCCCAACCCCCUGCAGGCUGUUGCUUGGGUUGCCUGCCUCCCCCCCCCCCAUUCCACCCCUGUCCUAUAGGCUUCUUUGUCAUCCCCAAAUAGCCAAAGUGGAAAUUUAUAUCUUAAUUAGCUUGCUCAGGAGGUCUAUUUCUGCUGCCUGCGAGCUUCUGAAAGAUGAUUUGGCCAUUCAUUCAUAGUGAUCCAGUUAUGCCAUUUCAUAACAGGGUUACAAAACAAUUUUAUUGACCAGUCUUAAGGCUGUGCAAUUGGCAGUUUACUGUUCAAGAAGCACGCUUGAGGAGUUAGCUGGUUGUAUGCUGACUGGCAACCGACUGAGCUAUCCCCCCACCCCACCCUGUUCUGGUGGCGACCUUUAAUUUUGAUCUGCCCAUCUGUACUCACAGGCUGGAUUCCCGGUUACACAGAAGCCUGUUAAGGCUGCUCUGGCAGGAUCCUGGCCCACUGAUAGUACAUUUCCGUACUAAGGGCCUUUUGUGGCUGACACAGAACUGACGCCAGGGAACAUCUGCACUGGCAGAUUGGGGGCACAGCCUUUGCGGACUGCAUUACUCUACUCUUUUCAGGUCCCAUAGGAACAAAUGAGAACUAAGUUGCAAAAGGCAGCACUCCAGAGAGGAAUGACCAGAUGCAGUUUAAAGCAGGGGAGGAAGCAGAUCAGGAUCAAUUGGUAGAUCUCUGGAUGAGCUGUAUUACGCCAGCCAGGAUUUCCCACUCCCAAUCGUAAGAGCAAUGUGCCUUCCUCCACUUUCUAAAUUAGGCUGGUAGAAUAAGAUGUACGCUUAUAAUGAUAUAGACAGGUCAUCCUAGUGCAGCCAUCGCUAACCUGGUGCCUUACAAAUUUUGCACACUGCAACUCCCAUAACCCCCUGCUGGCUGGGGCUGUUGGGAGUUGUAGUCCAGAGGAUGUCAGCAAAGGUGGUACUGGGUGUAGAGUUUCAGGGGGCACUGCAGGAGGUGCUGCAGCUAUUAUGUAAAAUUGAAGGUGAGAGGUGUGCGCACCAAAUUUUGGUGUUGUACAGGGCGCCGCUGAAAUUUGAGACCCCAAGGUCUGCCACUGAUGCCAGAUGGGUGGAAUGCAGAAGGGAACUUGCUUUACCACCUUCGCCACCAUUAUGUAUCAGGCUCCAACCCCCACACCUGCUUUUUUACACCUGCCUCCAGUUGGUGGACUUGGGGGCUCUAAAAAUAGAAGCAAAGUGUCCCCCACAAGCCUGAAGACUCUCCACCUGUGCUUUAGAGCACAGGGCUCCAAUAGUUGUGCAAAGGAAGGCAUUUAGGCAGGUAUGCUUUUUCUCCCCAUGGUAUACCAAGCAGGACUUGCUGAGAUUUCCUCUUCUAGAUUUCCAUUGAGCAAUAAUUUUCUUUCUAUCUGGUUCCAGGGUCCUCUCAGGCUGUCACUAUUUGGGGGUGGGAUUCAAGCACGAACUGGCAAAUUCAGGUUGCACAGUUGAAGCUUAUUUGGAGCUCUUGUGCAACAAAGCUACUUCUUCAAAAGACUGGCGUUUUAGAGAUAUGGAAAGUGACAUGGAAGGGAAAAUGCUGAAUGAAUGAAUGAAAGUGUGAGGUAACACUUGCGUUUACACUGUCUCAUCUAGCCUUUCUGCAAACAAAUCAGAAUGAAUGCUCAUUAAAUACCCAGCAUCAUCUAAUAUCCCAAAUCAGUGUUCAAUAAGCAGCUUGUUUGGAAGGGCUCACAAUAUGUCAAUGAAGUUUGUUUCUUUUACAGAAAUAGGGUGGAAGAGGGUCAACUAUAAAGGAAACACAAAUGUACUUUGAAAGUAGCACAGGGGUAUGAUUCUGUGUCAAAACUGUUUCAGAAAUCCGCUGCAGUUUGGAACACUGCGGCUCUUAAGAAAAAGGACUGUGUUAUUUCAUUUAAAAUGCAAUGAACAAUUUCUAUAAGAGUAUUUUUUUUAAAAAAAGAAUAAUUCUGUUGUAUUCUUAUAAUUUGUAGACUUAGGCUGCAGCACUUUAUUGUUUUCCUGAUCUCUCUUUACCUGAGCAUUUCUGUGUUUUAUGUAAACUCUCACACAGUGUAAAAGCCACUUCUGGAAAUCUAGUGGAAUCUAGUUGAAAGGCUAGCAUUCAUUUCUGCUUUAAUUAUUUCCAGGGGGGAAAAUCCGUUUGCAACCCCAUUAACUUGGAAAAUUGUAGAAAUUUUGCAUUGUAAUUCCAUGUGCUGAAACUUGGGAAACUAUUCUGGCAUACAGUUAUUUCCCACCAUUUAAAAUUUAGCAUGACAUGUUGGUAUAGGGAUCAAAAAGCCCACUGUGGGAAGUGGAUUUUGGAAUUUGGAUUGAGCCCUCAAAGUCCCAAGCCAGACAAUGCAAAACCCCUGAAAAAUAAGCUCUGGGUGCCAGUGCUAUCUGUUAGUACUAAAAGGUACUAAAAGGUUGUUUUCUCCUGCUCCAGAGAAGCGGACACAGAGCAAUGGAUCCAAACUACAAGAAAGAAG